UCCACUCUGUAAUUAUUGGAAUUUCCUUGGGUGCUUCUGAAACUCCAAAAACCAUAAGGCCUCUUGUGGCUGCCUUGACAUUUCAUCAAUUUUUUGAGGGCAUGGGACUUGGUGGAUGCAUAGCUCAGGAAAAAUUCAAAUUUUGGGUUGUUGCAAUAAUGUUGGUGUUCUUCUCUCUGACAAACCCGAUUGGUAUCUUAAUUGGCAUUGGAAUAACAAACAUUUACAAGCAGAACAGCCCAACUGCUCUGAUCGUUGAAGGGGUUUUAAACGCAGCAUUAGUAGAGAUAUUGAUCUAUAUGGCACUUGUGGAUCUUCUCUCAGCAGAUUUUAUGAACCCAAGAAUGCAGAACAAUGGAAAGCUUCAGUUACAGGCUAAUGUUUCCCUCCUCUUUGGUGCUGGCUUCAUGUCUCUCUUGGCUAAAUGGGCUUAA